CUGGCAUCCAAAUAGUCCCUGCGAAGAUCUAAAGAGCAACUUUCUCGGAAUUGAUGAUUCGAUUUCUCUGGACUGUGGUUCUUUAAUUUUGCUUUGCUCGCGAAAUCGUCGGCAGCUAGAAGCUUAGUUCGCAGCUCGGAAUUGUUUGGGUUGCGAGAAGACUUGAGAAUGAGCACUGCGACGAUGGCCCACCUGUUUGGAUUGCCUGAGACGAUUGAGAAAUUGGUGUUCCCAUCUUCAAGAUCCAACGAGGGUAACGAUAGCAGAGGAGCUCUUCCUGUCGAUAUUCUAGAAACUUCCAAAGAGUACAUUUUCUAUCUCGACAUCCCCGGCAUCACCAAAUCCGACAUCCAGGUGACGGUGAAGGACGAGAGAACGCUGGUGAUAAAGAGCAACGGGAAGAGGAAGAGAGAAGAAAACGAACAUGGGUGCAAGUACAUUCGGCUCGAGAGGAGAAACCCUCAAAACCUCUCGAGGAAAUUCCGGUUACCCGAAGACGCAAACGCGGCCGCGGUCACCGCCAAAUACGAAGACGGGGUUUUGACAGUUGCGGCGCCGCCGCCGAAACCGAAGACCGUCCAAGUCUCAGUCUCUUGAAAUGUAAAAUGUUUUGAUCUUCGGAACCUAUGUUUCGAUGUGUGUGUGAUGAUGAUGCAGUUUAUGUAUGUAAGAUGUUCUUUUUCUGUUACAAUGGGUAUUUACAAGUCUGUUCUAUC